UUUGAUAUUUAUCCUUUAUAGUUUAUGAGUAUUUAUUAAUCGUUAUUCAAAUUCAUAUCAUUAUUAAUAUUAUUUUAUUGUUUUAAUAUUGUUAAAAAUGUACACCCUCUGAUAUAUUAUAAAGCGACUAAAGCCUUAUGUGAUAUGUACAUACAUAUGUGUUCUUUGUGUAUGAUACAAUAAUCAAAAAUUCUAAAAUAUUUUUAAUAGCAUGUAUCUACAAUAAAAAAUGCCAAUAGAAUUAAAUAAAGAAAAAUAAGAAUCUCAACUUUUUCCUAUUAAAACCAGAUCAGUAUGGCAGAAUUCAAACAAAAACUAAAGAAUCUCUUAGAUGCUAAGACUUCAGUAAAAGUUCCAUUAAUAGGAUCACAAGACUUUUGGGACAUUUCUGAAAAAAAAAGUGAUUCACUUUUAAUAAAACCAGUGGUGAAUAAUGAAAAGUUUGUCGAAAAAUGUGAUGCUGAACUUGUAUCAAAUAUAGAUCAAGUAUAUUUCAACAGUUCUGACUUUGAUUUUACUAAAUUUGAACUAGAAAAAUUACCAAGUAUUCUCGAUAAAAAAUUGAUUGCCAAUGACAUAAACAAACUUAAAGUUCAACAUGAAAUUGUUGAAAAACAAUUGCUACAGUUGAUUCUUGAAAAUCAAGCUGCAUGUGAUGAUGAAUUAGACAAAAUUGGAAUGUUACAAAAUAAUUUAAAAUCUAGUCUAGAAAACUGUGAACAUGCUAAGAAUCGCUUAAAAUUAGCUAAAAGACAAAUCACUACAGCUGGUUUGGGCCUUUUGGGUAAUUGCAGAAAAAAAUCUUUAAUUCUCGAUUUAUUAAGUUCUUUAAAUAGUAUCAAAAUGCUGUUACAAACUGAAAAAAAACUUGAAGAAUUAGUUUCUCAAGCUAAUUAUGCCAAAGGAAUAGCUUUACUUUUAGAAUGCACUCAAGGUGCUUCAGCUUUUAAACAAUUUAAUUGUAUUGCUGCAUUAUCUAUCAAACUCCAAGAUGCAUUAAUUAUGACAGAAGAGCAAUUAGACAUCGUGUUGUCAAAUAUGUGUUUCAAUUUUGAUAAUGAAAAGUAUUCCGCUGUUCAAGAAGCUUAUAGACGCCUGGGUAAAACAAGAAUUGCUAUUGACCAAUUGCAUAUGCAUUAUACAUCGGCAAUCCACAGUGCUUCGUUUGAUACUAUAAAUUUAUUUGUGAAUACAGAUAAGGUGGAAAACAAUAAAAAUUCAUUUGCCUUUUUGUGUCAGUGUGUUCCCGAUGAACAGUUAAUUCCAUGUCUUAUUGCAUUGAGUAAAAUAUUUUGGAACAUUUUACAAAGCUAUAAGAAAGCGGCAGAUUGGCAUAGAGAAUUUAAAGAUAUUAGUACAGAUAGUGAAGAUGAUAUUGAAGAAUAUGUUAAUCAAGAAUAUAUCAGUAAAAAAUUUGAAAUAGGUCCCACACGUUUAUGGGGUGAUAUGGUUACUAAAAUAUCGAAUUUAGUAUUCAAUUCUAAUAUGACAAAAUUUAAAUUUGACGACUUUCUUCAAGUGCUAUCUAUAUUAAACAAGCAUAUUAAAAUAGGUGAAGAAUUUUGCAAUAGUAAAUCGGAACAAUUACAAAAUGAUACAAAAAAGUCUUGUAUCAAUUAUUUUCAUACAUAUCAUAAAAAUUGUCUGGAUGAGCUAACAAUAUUUUUUGAAAAUGAAAGUUGGACUCCUUGUCCAGUGAAACGUGAAUUUAAUUUAUUUCAACUGCAAGAAUUUAGAACAAUUAAGAAUCAUAUUCAAAAAAGUAAUUCAUCGCGUCUAACUCAUAGUAGAAAUUCAUCUAUGGAUAGUAGCUCUAUUAGUACAUGUGAAUAUUUUCAUUUCACAUCAGAUAAAUCACCAUUUGAUAAUGAUUUAAAUACUACAUAUUGUGAAGAUAUAUUGGAUACAGAAAUGGAUGGAAAUAGUGUUUGUAGUGAUGAUACUAAUAACAGCUAUGAAGACACAGAUAAUUAUAAUAUAACAGCAGAUAAUUAUGAAAGACCACCUUUGCUUACUAAUACAACGUUAACAGUGAUGAGACAUUGUGGAAAGUACUUAAAAAUAUGUAACAUAUUAAAAUCUAUAUCUGAGGAUGUAGUUACUUGUUUAUGUCAACUGUUUGAAUACUAUCUAUAUUCUGUCCAUUUAUUAUUCACAUCAGAUAUGUUGCCUCAAAUAUGUAUUGGUGUAAAUAGUGUAAAGCUUCAAUCAGUUAUAACAAGAAUAUGCAACACUUUGAUCCAAUGCAAUCCUGAAAAUCAAGAUCCAAUUAUUCGUGAACCUGUUGCACUUCACGUAUUAAGUCUAUCAGAUGCAAACAAUUUAUAUAGUGUUUCUGAACGAAUUGUUGCUGUAGAAUCAUUAGUGUUUUUAGGAGAACAGUACAAGUUAUUACAUUCUUAUUUAAAUUCAUUAUUAAUAUCGGAUACCAGCAGUUAUUCACUACAGCAAUUUUAUAAUCAAACUGUAGCUGUAGCAGUAGAUUUACGAAAACCAGUAUAUGGACGUGUAAUGUGUAAAUCUAUUGAUUACAAUCAAGUACUUGGCAUGAUGACCAAAGUCAACUGGGAGGUAAAAGAUAUCAUGUGUGAACACAGCAAAUAUGUUGAUUUUUUCCUCGAAGAAAUACGAGUAUUUUUUAAAACUCUUAAGACAUCAACAUCACAUAUAUAUUUAAAUGAGCAAGUAUUAUAUUCUAUUUGGGAAGCUAUAGCUGUUCUAGUAUCGUCUGUUUUUAUUGAAGGAUUUUCAUUGGCCAAAAAAUGUUCAAAUGCUGGUCGAGCAUUAAUGCAGCUUGAUUUCACACAGUUCAUGUCACAAAUAAACUCAAUUUGCCCUAUUAAUCCAUUACCACAUAAAGAACUAGUUGAAGUGUAUAUCAAGGCUUAUUAUUUACCUGAGACGUCAUUGGAAACAUGGACAAGAGAUCAUCAGGAGUACACACAUAAGCAAUUAUUAGCGGUCAUUAAUUGUGUGUGUCAAAACAAUAAACGGUUACGACAAAAGCUGACAAAUUUAUUAGAAGAAUCUCAACAAAGAUAAUCUCAUUUUUAUUACUAAAUAGUAAUACAGAAGUUAUACUCUCAAACAUUCGAUGAAUAAUCAAUGAGUAUGAGGCAAAUUUCAAGAAAAAUGAUCUGUCAAUAACCUAUUGACCAAUGACCUACUUAAUUUUUAAUAGGGGCCAUACUAAUAAAUUAAGUGACAGUUUUGUUAAGAUUAUUUUAGUGAUAUUGUCAAGUACCUAUUAAUGACGAAUUCUCUUUUUAAAAACUGUUCUUAUCCUUUUUAUAGUUCAUACAAAUCAAUCAUAAAUAUUGUUUAAUAUUUUCAGCAUUUCACUGUUGGUAAUCUAGUAGUAUGUGUCAGGAUCUUUAAAAAAGUAAUAUAAAUCUAAUACAUGUGUACUUCUUGAUGUGGAGAAGAUAAUGAUAUAAUGCAGUGGCAUAGCUAAGGGGGAGGGACUAAAGGGGCUAUAACCUUCCUCAUUGGCUGUAUUUUUUAUAUUGUUUUGAAAUAUUUAAAUUUGAAUAUGGAAAUUUUCUUACAAAAUUGACUAAUAUAUUUCUUGUUAUUAGUUUUAUAAUAGAAUGUUUGAGUUAAAAAAGUAUUAUUAAAAGCGUUUAUUAAU